AUGGAAAGAGACAAGAUAUUCCUCCGAGUAACGCAAAGCAUGAUUUUGGAGGAAAAUACUCAUUUAUUUACAGUGGCUUUACGUCACAGAUUGACAAAUGGAGCCACCGCCCACGGCACGGCAGCCACCGUGGCCCUCCUGCUGCGCUUCGUGCUCCUGUGCGGAGUAGCGGAUUUUGCCAGAAGUUUGAGUAUCACUACUCCUGAAGAGAUGAUUGAAAAAGCCAAAGGGGAAACUGCCUAUCUGCCAUGCAAAUUUACGCUUAGUCCCGAAGACCAGGGACCGCUGGACAUCGAGUGGCUGAUAUCACCAGCGGAUAAUCAGAACGUGGAUCAAGUGAUUAUUUUAUAUUCUGGAGACAAAAUUUAUGACGACUACUAUCCAGAUCUGAAAGGCCGAGUACAUUUUACGAGUAAUGAUCUCAAAUCUGGUGAUGCAUCAAUAAAUGUAACGAAUUUACAGCUGUCAGAUAUUGGCACAUAUCAGUGCAAAGUGAAAAAAGCUCCUGGUGUUGCAAAUAAGAAGAUUCAUCUGGUAGGUCUUGUUAAGCCUUCAGGUGCAAGAUGUUACGUUGAUGGAUCAGAAGAAAUUGGAAGUGACUUUAAACUAAAAUAUGAACCAAAAGAAGGUUCACUUCCAUUACAGUAUGAGUGGCAAAAAUUGUCUGACUCACAGAAAAUGCCCACUUUGUGGUUAGCAGAAAUGACUUCAUCUGUUAUAUCUGUAAAAAAUGCCUCUUCUGAGUACUCCGGGACAUACAGCUGUACAGUCAGAAACAGAGUGGGCUCUGCUCAGUGCCUGUUGCGUCUAAACUUUGUCCCUCCUUCAAAUAAAGCUGGACUAAUUGCAGGAGCCAUUAUAGGAACUUUGCUUGCUCUGGCACUCAUUGGUCUUAUCAUCUUUUGCUGUCGUAAAAAGCGCAGAGAAGAAAAAUAUGAAAAGGAAAUUCAUCACGAUAUCAGGGAAGAUGUGCCAUCUCCAAAGAGCCGUACGUCCACUGCCAGAAGCUACAUCGGCAGUAAUCAUUCAUCCCUGGGAUCCAUGUCUCCUUCCAACAUGGAAGGAUAUUCCAAGACUCAGUAUAACCAACUACCAAGUGAAGACUUUGAACGCACUCCUCAGAGUCCGACUCUCCCACCUGCUAAGGUAGCUGCCCCUAAUCUAAGUCGAAUGGGCGCGAUUCCUGGAUGA